AUGCGUCGAUCCUUAGAUCUUGUCCUUUUCUCCACUUACAAUCACAGUCACAUUCUCCGUCGCUGUUUUGCCAAUCAGAAAACCUCAUCCACCGACCCCUUUGAUGGUUACACACGCUCCUGCCACAUUAAGCAACAGUUUGUUGAGUUACAGACCACUGCUGCCGAUGGAAGCAUCAAGGUGCGCAAGGUACCUACCGGUCUCAUCGAUAACUCAAACGAAUGGAUUGGCGAUCAGAUGGUGCGGGCACAUUUAAAAAUAACCCACGAUUUCGAUCUCACUAUGCAGGGCUUCGCAGAGCGCGCGCGAAAACGCCUGUUAGCAAAACACAAACAGAGACAAGUGUACGUUCCUGUGGCAUACUAUCUACGAUCUGACUGGAAGAUAGAUGUUUAUGUAUCCGAGCUAAAUGGUGAGCUUUACACUCUCCAAUCCCUUUUGCUGAAUAGCAUCACAGAUGAAAUGAUCAAACGCCGGGGCAGUCUAGACCUGGCUGUCGCACACAUGGUCUGUGAUCUCGGUGGUCGAGUGCAAUUCGUCGGUGAACCACUGGGCUGUUGGCACCAAAGUUACAAUAGAGGCCCCCCAAACCUCCCGUCGACCUACUCCGAUGAUCUCAAGCUUGAGAUCAUUGAUUUUUCCGGCACUGCAGUUAUGUACGAGGGUCUGGAGAUGCUUCCACGCCUGACGUGUCUAAAGAUGCUACGGUUGCGACGAUGCCUCUACCUGAAUGAUCAUUGUUUAUCCCUGGUUGGACAGAUUACCCAAUCACCAUUGGAAUACCUCGACAUAAGCGAAUGCCCACGAAUAUCCGCCAAUGGGGUUACCGCCCUUACGGAACUCAAGAGCCUUAGACGUCUUUUGAUUCAAGGAAAUCCAACAAUGAAAGAUCGAGAACUAGUGUGUCUGCUGCUGGAGGAUUAUUUGCCAAAAGUCUACAUUGAGGGUGUGGAUUACCUAGGCAACCUUCCAGAGGACGCUAGGCAGAGAGUGUUGGCUCUGGAUGUGCCGGAGAAGCCACCACUCCUAGCCGAACACAUAGAAAAUAUUGAACGGGAAGGGGAGGCGGACGUGCUUCGUGUUGAGGUAGCUGUCACUAACAUGGAUCGAUUUGCCUUUGCCCCAAUGACGACGACAGACUUUGUUACCAAGAUUCUUAAUGUAAAAGAGGAGUUCCUGCGUAUAGCAGAGACAGUUAAUGAUGACGUUCGGUCUGCUUCACAAUUUUUUGACUCGGUUUUUGUUGAGUCUGUACUACCACCGAAUUUUAAUUUUAAUAGCAAAUCGGAAUUAAGUGAAAACAUCGGGAAUUAUUCACUACUCAAGGACAGAAAUAACCAUUGCAGGACUCCAUCAGAAACUGCGAAUUCCAACCCGAUUACUGAAAACGAGGCCGAUCUCGUUCGGCUCAUUAGUGAUAUGAGUGCAGAAGAACUCAUAUUCCUAAAGAAUCAACUCCUUUUAGAACUGAAUUGGCUUGACCAAGCUAUCAACAGUAGGAAGCAGUUCCUUUUCUCGGUGUUCAAGUGA